ACGAAAUCAAAUAUAUAUAUAUAUAUAAGCAGUGACGUGCCAGAGUUCACUCACAUUGGAAACUUGGAAACCACCGAAUAUCUUGGUUGUCUAGUGUGAUCUGUUGUGUCGAAUAUAAAUUCGUUUUGUUUUUUUUACUAAAAAGAAUUGAAUCUUGUAAAAGAUCAGGUUAAACAGAUUCUGAAACUUGCGAAUCUGAACGUUUUAUUAUUUAUAGCUUUAAUUAAAUCCAUCAUUUUCAUCUUAACAAAGAGUCUCAAGUGAUCUUUCCAUACCAGGAGACAUUUAUCCAAGUCUUUGAAGCAGAGGACCUCUAUAUAUCUUGUACUUACACGCCUAUCCGCUAGGUGGAUCUGGUGUUUCACGCAGCCAACUUGAUUAAAAUGUUUAUCACAUUCCGCCUGAUAACAGUUCUGGUUGUUUUACCCUUUGUCCUGAGCUGGCACCUGGACUUUACCAAGGAAAAAGGGGCCUCAGCCUCAGGGCUCAACACCUUGAAAAUACGUCGAAACUCUAAACAAGGAGAACAUUUUGUUCCAAAACCAGGAGUUAGGCUACUCGGGACACCAGGCAGUUCUUUGUCCCUGGACCCUUAUGAAAGUGUCACACUAGAAUGUGAAGCAGAGGGAAACUCGUCACCCACAAUUCACUGGCUUAAAGAUGGACGCCGAAUUAAUCAGGGAGAUAUGGAUGGAGCGGAAGUGAUGGAAGAUAAGGAGGUCAGCGAAGGUUUUAGCCGGACUAGAUCCCGACUUUAUCUUAACUGUGUCACGGCUAAAGAUGAAGGUACUUACCAAUGUGCUUCCGAGAGCCCUUACCAACGGGUCAGUGAAAAAACUGACCUGAAACUGACGGAAGCAGGCAAAAUCAGUGGCGCCAUCUGCAGGGUGAAACAGUUGUUAGGCACACCUGCUAGAAUAUAUAUGUGGACUCGAACGAGGAUUGAGGUCCAGGGUAACGACAUUCACUUACUAUGUCGAGCCUCUGGAAACCCUCAGCCCCAGAUCGUUUGGCUACGUGGAAAUAAAGAUGGAGAACGGAUUAAAAACAGCCAUAAAUAUGAGGUUUUACAAAAUGGAGACCUGGUAAUCCGUAACUUAUCGUGGGGAGAUCUUGGUGGUUACACAUGUAUGGCUCAAAAUAUCCAUGGAGAUGAGAAAACAUUGACGUUCGUGUAUCCAGCUGCGCCUGAAAGCGACUUGAAAUAAUCUGGCCACAAGAAUUCCACUCGUGAAACGCCCAAGAAUUUACAGAGUCCUGUGGCGCCAUCUGUUGAAGUAACACGACAUUUAAACUUGAAAAAGAUCGAACCUUUUAGAUAACAUAUUACAGACAUUAUUAUUAAGCUAUUUUUCUUGUGCGUUAGUUAUUGGUUGUUUUACAGUAUUAAAACUGUAAAAGUUGUAUAUUGUGUAACAUGUUUCUCAUAUCGUUAUUUGUUAAUUUAAUUUUCAUUGUGAAAGUUGAUUUGACUAUUUUACAGAGGCAUGUAAAUAUUGAAGUAAAGUUUGUAAUUAUGUGCUGUAGAUGUCACCACAAGUCCUAUAUUAAGCAUCGUGAGUUUUUAUUAAAGAAUAAACCUAGUUGAUUAUAGAAAUAAACACAAGAUAUUAUAAGUUGAAUAUACUUGAACAGAACUACCUAAUCUAAGACUAAGCCUAAAGGAUAAUAUUGUGUUGCAACGUAGUUCUUCGUAGGUACUUUCUUUACAAUUAUUCUGUGAAAGUAACUCAGCAUCCAAUUUCGUAACAGACAAGAAUUAGUUUAUUUUCUCUUAGAUAUUACAACCUCGAACCCUAUUGUAAUUUGUAGGCCUAAACUUACAAACUUAGGCCUAAAAUACAGCCACGCUAAGUAUCCUCUUAGAUAUUACAAGCUCGAACCCUAUUGUAAUUUGUAGGCCUAAAAUACAGCCACGCUAAGUAUCCUCUUAGAUAUUACAAGCUCGAACCCUAUUGUAAUUUGUAGGCCUAAACUUACAAAACUUAGGCCUAAAAUACAGCCACGCUAAGUAUCCUCUUAGAUAUUACAAGCUCGAACCCUAUUGUAAUUUGUAGGCCUAAACUUACAAAACUUAGGCCUAAAAUACAGCCACGCUAAGUAUACUAUACAACGCAAAUAAAAAUCAUUGCACGUAUUUCAUCAAUGAUCCAUUACAUAUUAUCUAUUCGAUUUAAAGACAAUAAAUUUAGCAAUGUUACUCCUUUAAAGACUCCCUUUUCAUCUUUUUACCGAGUUGUGACUGAAUGGUCAUGUUUUCCUCCCCUCCAUUUGGUCUCUGCAAGGUCUUAUAGAUAAAGGUUUGAAGUGUUGGAAAAAACUUUGCUACAACUCUCAAAUGUUUAUUGCAGCUUAAUUCGCGGACAUAACUAGUCUUUUAUUGUAAAGAAAAAAUAAAGAAUUCCUCAUGAUACUGUAAAUUUAUCAUCUUGGUAAAUGUUGACUUCAGAAGAAUAUGACAAGUUAUGAAAUUACAAAUUAUAUAAACUUUCACGUGCAAAUAAAGUUGUAAGUUUUAAAUA